AUGGACGACUGCGUGCCGCCCGCUGAGCUGGCAGGCUGCCGCUGCGGCCGACGCGGCUGUCCCGGAGACGCCUGGGACGCAACGGACAUGACGAAGCCCAUUAUCAUCAAAGAGUCCACAGCUGCCGGCUUUAUGGCCUUCUUGCAAGGUCUCUGCCCAAAAGCCCGCGGCCUCUGUCUCCGACAGCGCAGGCAUCCCUUCGCUUUGCCGCUCUGCGCACUUCCUGCAGCCCUACCGGGAUUGCGCCAGCUUCGCAUCACGGCAGACCUGAGCAGCUUCUGGGACUCCAGCGAAGUCUUCGGCCAAGUCGCGGGGAAUCUCGAGGAGCUGGUGCUGGAAGACCCAGCUUUGCGAUCACAAUCCCAGUUCCGGCUCAGCGGCCUCGCGAAGCUGCGCACUCUCCGUCGGCUCCGGCUUCACUUGCAGCACAUGGUAAGCUACUCCGAUCUGUUGCUCUUGGCCACUGGCUGCCAAUGCUUGGAGGAGCUGAGCCUCCCCACGCUCGAGAUGCCCUCAGGCUCUGGACUGCUCCAGGGCGAGGGCCUCUUCCGGAAGCUCAGAUGCUUCAAGAUGCUGAGGCAGUCGAACGCAAUCGUCGACGCAGCGUUUCUGGCCUCGGUCUGGCGGCUAUGUCCGUCACUGCAGACGCUGUGGGUCCUGCAAUGCGCUGGUCGCCGUCUUUGCUACCGGGAGGUCCUGGCAGUGUGCCAGCUCGUCCCGGGGCUCACCUCGCUCGUCGUACUCCCGGAGGUUCCCAGCUUCAAGGCGCCGUCAGCCAAGCUCGAGCGCUCGAUUGCAGCCCUUCGACAGGCCGACAUCGACCUCGGUGACCCAUGUUCGCCACUCUUCCGUGAGGAGUACACCCAGCACGAGUGGGUGGAACUGCUUCGCCGGCGCUUUGGUCGCACGACGGCCCCGUCAUGCAAAGUUUCCGGGGUCCGCGAUGACACCACCAGCGACGGCGAGACGGAUGGCGACUGCGGUUCCAUUGGUGAGGGCUGGCCGAAUGAAGAGACCGGGUACGAGGUGGGCGACGCCAGUGACCCAGAGCAGCCGCUCGACCUCGGCGAGAGGAUGACCGAUGUUCGAGCGACACAAGCUUACCUGGUGGCAGGGAGUCGGCUGAUGUCCUACCUUUGCCGGGCGCAGCUGGGCGUGCUCCUUCCUACUCUGACGAUGGAGCUGCAGCUCAGCUCGAGCGAGCAAGGCUACCUAAUGUCCCGCUAUGCGAACGGCUACUUGGCCACACAGGUGCUCGGAGGGAUCAUUGCCGACCGUUUGGGAGGCUACGGUGUGAUGCUUUUUUGCAUGCUGGCCUCUGGCGUCUGCUGCUUCCUCGCACCAGCUCUGAUGGACUUCGGUAGCUUUGCUUUCGGCACGGCCUUCGUCGCUUUGGGGGUGCUCCAAGGUAUGGUGUUUCCUGCCGGGAGUGUGGUUUGCACGCAAUGGUUGCUUCCAUCGGAGCGCUCCUGGGCAUCCUCGAUCUCGGCCAUCGGCUCUGCAACCGGACUCCUCCUCUGCAAUGCUGCUGGACCACCCUUGGUGGCCAACUUCGGCUGGAAAGCAGUGCUUUAUCUCACCGGAGCGUGCUGCUUCGGAUUCUCAGUUGCUUGGGCCGUCUUGGCCGCCUCGUCGCCAAAAAACUGCGGCCGCGCCUCCUCAGCCGAGCUCGCAAUGCUGGAAAAAGCCGGAGUCUUGGACACCGGCCGGGAACAGCCAAAGUCAGCCUCGCCGCUGUUUCCACCUUUGGCCUUUUUCACGCAGCCCUGCGUCGCUGUGCUUUUCCUCGCACACUUUGCACA